CGGAAGUGGCUGGGCUCGCUCCCGGCGGCGGCGGCGUGGUCCGGUGUAGGUAGUGCGGGAGCGCGGUGUGAUGGCGGCGGCGGCUGGGGCCUCGGCCUCGCUCCUCUCCCUGGACCCGCAGCUGCAGCGCGAGUUCCAGGACAAGGUGCUGCGGGUCCGCUCCGGCAGGGGGACCAAGCAUGAGAAGCUGACUCCUGGUGUAAUUUAUUUAGGGCAUAUCCCUAGGGGGCUUUUUGAGCCACAAAUCCAGGAGUACUUCAGCCAGUUUGGAACAGUCACCAGACUUCGGCUUUCAAGAAGUAAAAAGACUGGAGACAGCAAAGGUUAUGGAUUUGUAGAGUUUGAAUCAGAUGAAGUUGCUAAGAUUGUUGCCGAUACCAUGAACAACUACCUGUUCUGUGAAAGACUUCUAAAGUGUGAAUUUAUGCCACCUGAAAAGGUGCAUGAAAACCUCUUCAGAGGCAGUAAGAAGACAUUUAGGAAGCCAUCACAUCCAGCAGUCAAGCGGUAUAACAAGAAACGAACUCCCCAAGAGAAGACAAGGAUGACAGAGAGACUACUAAAAAAUGAGAAACGGUUACGAAAGAGGCUGGCUGAGAAGGGAAUAGAUUAUGACUUCCCUGGAUUUGCCGCACAGAUGCCUCAAAAGAAAAAAAAUGUUUCAAACUCAAACCUGAACAUAUCUGUGAACAGCCAGGACCCCACCCCAGUGUGUACGCCCACAGCGCUGGAGCGUCGGAAAUCGCAGCCAGCGGAAGAUGAUGAAGAUGAAAUAACCAUCAGACUGCCUCCAACAAGCAUAAAGAGCACUGCUCAAAAGACCAAGAAGACAACGAAGCUGCAGGAAAAAAAUCAUCCAAAGAAACGGAAAUAAACAAAGAUGAAGCCUC